AUGUCUCCAUCAUCAUCAUCGCCAGCAUCAUUUUUUUAUUUCAAAGAUCGAACUUCAACAUGUCGAACUAUAGGCAAUUUUUUUAAUAAUUCAAAACGACAUGGAUUAAAUGAUACAUUUAAUAAUGUUACAACGAGUUUAUCUUCUGCAAAAAGACGUAAGUCAGAUGAUGAUAAACGACCUUAUCAAUGUUCAAUAUGUUCAAAAAGAUUUAAACAUAAACAUCAUUUAAAAGAACAUGAAAGAUUACAUUCAGGUGAAAAACCUUAUAUAUGUGAGAAAUGUGGCAAACGAUUUAGUCAUUCGGGUUCAUAUUCUCAACAUAUUAAUCAACGUAAUAAAUAUUGUCGACCUGAUGAACCUCAUAUGGACUUUGAUUAA